AUGGAAACGCUCCUACGACUGUUUCCGUCUACGCUUAGUCCCGACGUCCAUGUGCGUCGUGCGUCUGAGCAGGAGCUGCACCAGCUCGAAAGCCAACCUGGGAUGCUUGCCGCGUCCUUCCAGCUCGUAGCCUCGCCAGAAGUCGACACUUCUAUCCGCCAGGCGGCUGCGAUCUAUGUCAAGAACCGCAUUUCGCGUACUUGGGACGCAUCUCUAGCCCGAGGCUUUUCUGAUGCGCCGUCUGCCGUGUCCGACCAAGACAAGGAGGUGGUGCGCUCAGGGCUGCUCCCGACGAUUGCAUCGCUGCCGCCGACACUGCGUGUGCAUAUUGCUAGUGCCAUGUACUCGAUUGUGCGCUGCGAUUUCCCACAGGCAUGGCCGACGCUGACGGAAGAGAUCGUCAAGUUACUGAGUUCUGGUGAGCAGCUCCAGAUCUUUGCCGGCGUUCGAGCGCUGCUCGAGCUUGUCCGUGCGUUCCGCUUCGACUGUACAGACUCGAAGCUAGAGAGCAUCGUUUCACACACGUUCCCGGCGCUGCUUGCCACGGUAAGUGCCUUAAUGGACUCGGACCACAGCGAUCUGCCGGCCGUUGGCGAGAUUGUAUACUAUGCUAUGAAGACGUACAAGACGAGUAUGAUGGUGACGCUGACGCAGCAUCAACAGUCGAACGAGAGUAUUGUACCGUGGGGCUCAGUCAUGCUGCGUAUCGUACAGAAAAGUGUGGUCACCGAUGCCGACGCCGAUGCCGACGCCAGGGAAAAGGCGCCCUGGUGGAAGGCGAAAAAGUGGGCUUUCUAUUCGCUAAACAAGCUCUUUUCGCGGUACGGAACGCCAUCCCAGCUGGCAGCGAGCAUGAAGAUGUACAAGCCAUUCGCCGAAACGUUCAUCCACAACUUUGCUCCCGAGAUCCUCAAGGCAUACCUACACACGGCCGAUGGCAUCGUGUCGCAGCACGUUUGGGUCAGCAAGCCUGUCCUUCGUCACCUACUUACCUUCUUCUCUGAGUGUAUUCGUCCCAAGUCCAUGUGGCAGCUGCUUCGUCCGCACAUGCAGCAGAUUAUCGAGACGCUCGUGUAUCCGCACCUGUGCUUCUCAGAUGAAGACGAGGAGCUAUGGGAGCUUGACCCCAUCGAUUUUGUGCGUCUGGGCUCUGAUCCUUUCGAGGAGCUGGGUACGCCAUCAAGUGCCGCCAGCAUGCUUCUGAAUGUGACCGUCACACGCCGCACCAAGUCCAUGUUUGAGCCGACGCUAACGUUCAUCACGCACGUUCUGAAUGCGUAUCCGGCCCAAUGCACCGCCAGGCAGUUUGACGGGGCGCUUCGCAUGUGCAUGACGAUAUGCCAGACGAUGGUGCACCACGAAAAUGUGCAAAACAUGCUUGAUGCGUUUUUUGUACAGCAUGUACUGCCUGUGCUCAAGAGCCCAGAGCCAUUUCUGCGUUUGCGCGCAUGUGCGCUGAUCCAUGCUUUCGACAGUGCCGGCAUGAAGUGGCAGACGAGCCAGAGUCUCGAGACGGCUUUCCGUGGCGUGAUGGACUGCAUCAUGGACACGGAGCUGCCGGUGCGUGUCAAGGCAGCAGAGGCCAUGGGUGAGCUCGUGGCUCACGACGAAGUGCAUAACGCUGUGGCACCGAAUGCGUGCCGUCUUAUGCAGGAACUGCUCAAGCUUUCGGAUGAGACGGACCUCGAUGUGCUUAUGACGACACAGGAAAAAAUCGUCAACAACUUUGCCGAGGAGCUCCUGCCGUUUUCUGUCGACCUCACGCAACAGAUGGCGAACAACUACAUGCGGCUACUGCAGGAUAACCUCGCUGGCGCGGGCGUCGACGGCGGCGUCGACGGCGUGCAUGCCUUCAACAUGGACCAGGGCGAAGAGGACAAGUACUUUGCCGCUAUGGGCUGCCUGAGUACGAUGUACCAGAUGGUCACGACUGCCGACUCACGUCCUGACAUUCUCGCUGAACUUGAAAAAGUGCUGCUCCCGGUCGUGGCGUUCACGAUCCAGACCGAAACGCUCGACCUGUACGACGACUGCUUCCAACUCACAGACGUGCUUACCUAUUAUCAAAAGAGCGUGUCGCCUGCCAUGUGGGACAUUUUCACGCUCAUGUACAAGUCGUUCAAGUCGAGUGGCAUCGAUUACCUAUCAGAAAUGAUUGGCACGUUUGACAACUGUGCAUCGUACGGCACAGAGAUGCUUCGUCAGCACGCCGAGUAUCGCCACAUGCUAAUCGACAUCUUCCAUACGGCCAUCUCGAGCGACCAACUCGUCUCGAGCGACCGCAUUGCUGCUUGUCAAAUUGCCGAAGUCGUCCUGCUCCUUUUGCGUGGCUACGUCGACGAUGCAGUGCCUGGUAUUCUCACUGCGCUGCUCCCCUUCCUUGACAAGUCGACCGAAUCGCAUCUGCUCCGCAAAUGGGCUGCGCUCAUUGUGCUCGAGUCGAUGUACUACAACCCGACUUUGUCUCUUAGCAUCCUCGAGUCGCACGGCGCGACGCAAGCCUUCUUUGCGACAGUGCUGCCGAUGCUCACCAAGUGCCGACGCGUGCAUGAGUGCAAGGUCGCCAUUGUCGCGUUGCUUUCGCUUCUUGCGAUGGACCCGCAGUCUGUGCCCGCCGCCCUGCGGAAUGGCUACCCUCAUCUCUUCGGCGCCUUGCUCACGCAACUCAAGGCCCUGCCCAAACUCGUUGCGCAGCGCAAGGAGCUGCACAAGGUGUUCGAUGAGGGCCUCGAUGACUUGGAUGACGAUGUGAAUGCGGCCCUGGACGAAUUUGAUGACGAUGCGGAUGUCCAGGAAGAUGAUAAUGACUAUCUGCAGCUGCUGGCCGAGGAGGCCAACCGUGUCCGCGCGCAAGUUCACAUCGCCGACGGUGACGCACCGGCCGACGACGGCAUCGGUAGUGCAGACGACCUGGAAGACGACUUUGAUGAUGAUGACCUGGUGUACGAGUCGCCCCUCGAAAGCGUACCAGUAUAUGAGCCGUUCCGCGCCGUUAUUCGGCAGCUGCAGACUCAGCAGGCGGACCUGUUCCAGAGCCUCACGGCGAGUCUGAACGAGCAGCAGCAACAAGAUUUGCAGCAGGUCUAUGAUCUACAAGACUCAGAAGAUACCGGCACCUCGGCCUAG